AUGGAACCCCAAGACUUAUCCAUGGUCGAUGAGGACGAACAACGCGACGAGGUUGAAGCCCAACUGCCUCUUUCGCUAGACGAGCAGCGAGUACUGGAUUUAUUCGAUCAGCUGCAGCAGCUCAGGCUAGAGAUUGCAAUCAUAAACGCCCAAGCAUCUCAUGUACCAACGACGUCUCAUAAUGACGACGAAGCAGUAUCAGAAGAAACCCAACAGGCUCUUCUCGAAGCCAGAGCCAACUUCCGCCUGCGCAACGACGUGAUCGAAUCCGUCAUGACAGUCAACCCCAUCCUCAAAGCCGUCCACAACGGCACUAAUGCGUCUCCUCCAGAGAAAGAUCUCCUCCCACUCAUAGAACAGCGCGACCAGUCCGCCAUAAACGUCGCCAAGCAUGCGGCGGACGUAGCCGAUGUCCGGAGUAACCUCACCGAGGUCCAAAGCGCCAUGGCCCGUGUGAUUCGACAGAACGUUGGUCUCACGUCGACGCUGUUCGAGCUGGCGGAGGAGGUGAAGCAGAAGCAGGCCAGCCGGCUGGACGACGAGGAGACGCAGAGCGAGAUACGGCGGCUGGAGGCGGCAAUGAGGGCUAGCAGGCAGCGAUGGAGGGUGAUCAAGGGCGUGGCAAGUGGCAUCGUGGCGGGCAGCGGCGUGGACUGGGCGAGGGACGCCAAGUUGCGCGAGGUUGUGCUUGACCUUGACGGCGAUGAGUAA